UUCGAAGUCAAGGACGUGGCAUGACGUUUUCAUAUGCGCAAAUUACUCAUUUCUUUGCUAAACGAGUGCAAAAUGAAGUGAAAUCAGUGAGCCAUACAAACCCCGUGGUAAAUGAUCAUUUCCUUAACGAGAGAAAGAGGCAAGUGGAAUCCCAAAGUCGAAAGGGUUUACAAACUAACAAAGACAGACAAACAGUUUGACAAACACAGGAUCAGUUGAACGCUGACUUCAGAUAUUUGAAAGGAUAGCACGUGACCGAGUGGGUGACAGUAGGAACCAAAAUGUAUUCCCUAAAAGACAUCACGAAUGGCUGCGUGAAGAUAGAAAUCCCUGAAAAUCCACACUGUAAAGAAAUAAUCUCCGCUUGCGAGAUGCCAGUGGUCAAAGUGGAAAUUUCUGAGUCAGCUUGCAGUACUGUCAACCACCAAACGAUUUCACUGCCACAGGACUCCAUUUAUGAAGUACCUGCUACUGAACAAGUAAACAUUCGAGAGGAUGUGCUGAACAUCCAGAUCAGUAACGUUCAGGGCGCGCUUCCUGAUCAAAUCGCUGACAAGAAUGCAAUGCCUGUGUAUCAGACAGAAAACCACGUCGAUAAACCAAACGGCCACGCAGAAGUGCAUUCUCCUGCAAUUGAUGACGGCAACCAAGAAGAUUUACCACCAGAUGAUGGUGUGCAGAAUGGUAAGCUGUCCAACUCAGUAGCUUCUCGCGAGAAGACGUCUCCCAAUAUGUCUCCCAAGAUGUCUCCGAUGGAAAGUGAAGAGCGAUCUCCUGGCCACGACUCACCUCUUUACAACGGGGAGGCAUCAGCUGAGACGGCUCAUCAGGAUAAAGAAGUUUCCUUCCAGUCAGGUUCUCCAGAGAGGGCGUCAUCUUACCGAACGAGCCAUCGGUCAGAUACCUUGCCAGGAAAGAGCCAGUACAUGACUUACCAGUUGGGUUCCAAUGGAACCAAAGCCGCUUAUCUGUUUACUACCCCAGGGAAGUUAUCUCCAUAUCAGAAUGGUACCUCUGAGAGUUCUCCAUCCAACCAUGCGUUGGAACCCAUAUCGACUCCACUGAGUUCUAGUGCUACAGUGCCUCUUUAUCAUAUGGAGGAAACACCAACUUCACAAAAUGGGUACUGGAAGAAAAAUGAGAAUUAUCAGAUCAGCUACUACAAUGGAAUGCCAAUGUACUAUGGUGACUAUAGCUUGCUCGAUCUGCAACAAGGAAUUCCAUUUUGGCCAACUGAGUCACGUGACUUGGUGUCAAACAACCAGAAGAGGACCCAGAAUUGCAACUGUUGCUGCCAUGCACAAAAUGAUUUUACUCGUUAUCCUGACUUGAAAAGCCAGCGCCCCUCAGUUAUCAUGGUUCCCGUAAACUGGAACAGCAGUAAUUCUGGAAUAUCACAUUUGCCAUUGAAGCAGGUUGACAACGCAAAUUACAAGAUGCAUUCACAGACCCGGGACGUUCCCAUGGAUUACUCAGAUGACUCAGAUUCCUCCGAUGAUGACGAAAACGGAAAGCGAGAAAAGUAUUUCCGAAAGAACAUCGAUGGAACAACAGCCAGAUUUAAGUUAACGAAGGAGGACUGGGCGAGAAUUCCAAUUAACACAUUCCCUAGCGGUGGCCGUUUAUUGAGUGGCGACUGGACACGAAUCUUCCUCAGCAAAGUCAAAGAAAGCAACCCAUGGUGCAGUUUACGCUUCAAGAAUAAUCACGUGAGAUCUGAAAACUCACGCAAAAUCCACUCAGCAGUAUUCUUCAGAGGAGGUGCGGAGUGCAAACGACCAGAAUGCAGCGUGAAAGUACGAUUUGUCAUUCGGAAGGAAAGAGGAAAACACGUGGAGGUGACUUACCUGGGAAAUAUUUGCCACAGCAGCCAGCCGGGUGGGGGUGAAAUCUCGAGCGAGGCAAAGAAAAUGAAACGUGCUCGCCGGACAUAUUCUACUUGAACUGAGUUUCGUAGAAUUUGCUGGAAUAACGCGUUUAUAUUAGAAUUCAUUUUAAUUUGAGUUUAAACUAAAAAGUUGACGAAUUGAAAACUUAAAUGUCUUUGUUGAGAGUCGUUGUGUUCGCAUUAAAGUGUUUUGUUUUUCGAUUCUUUUUCUUUUGUAUAAGGUAUUAUUCUGUGGAUGGCAUAUUUUGUAAACGAUUGCUGGACUUUACAAGAAAGUUGAAGUUUGUAACUUUAUUUGUGUUGGGAAAGCAAUCCUGUUGCUCAACGUGGCUUGUAUUUAUAUGCUAAUUUGAAUUCUAAAGAGUGUCUAUUUGAAACAAGUAUAUUUACAUAUACGCCUUUGAACAAUAUGCAAAAACAAUAUUUUUUCUACAAAAGAACAGUUUUUGCUACGUUUAUGUAAGGAAAUUUUAAGAUAAUUCUAUCAUACUCUAUUUUCGGUAACAUCGCUUUUUCACAAUGUAAAUUUAUCAAUCUUCGUCCAUUAAAAGGAAAUGAUGUUGAA